AUGGAAGGCGUUGGUGAUGGUUUCAAACCAGAAGAUGUUCAUUCUCCUAAUGACUGGGAGCACGUUGAUCUAGGAUCUGAAGAUAGGAAUAAGAAGUUUUUAAGAUUGAUGGGCGGGAAUUCUGAUCGUCAGCAUAAAGGGAAAAUAGUAAUCGGAGAAAAUAUAGACAGUGUACAUAAUUGGACUAAAGACCCAUCUGUGGUCAGCAUGGAUCUAGAAAGUCAGUUUCAUCAGGGUUUGGAGAAAUGUAAUCAGUUUAACCGUCAUAUUGGUCUGGGUUGUCAUGGAAACUCUUCAUCUGAUCCAGUUGACAAUUUGGAUUAUGCUAACAGUGAGAAAGUCAAAGCACAGUACACAUCAUCAUUUGUGCCAAAAACUAAUCAGUAA